AAUUAAUCUGAAUUGCUCUUAGCAAUUUUAAGGAUAACAUAAUUAAAUUUUAAACAGGAAAUACUUUUUCUAAGUUGAAAUUUGAAUUUCAUUUGCAAUUGAAAGUUUUGGUUCUACCUGUUAUGCCUUCUUUUCUCUCUCCGUCAGUUAUUUAAUUAACUCAACCAAAAUUUUCCUAGGUUUUCCCAAUUGGCUUAAGCCUGUCAGUGGCAAACCCCCAAAAGAAAAAUUAGGGUUUUCCUCAAUACUUAGUUUAGGUAGUGUUACCCUGCUAACGCCGCAACACCAACCCCUAUGUGUAUUGUUUCAACAGUGCCACCACCCUGUCAUUUUUCCUAACAUUGGGAGCAAAACUUCUCUUCUCUUCUCUCUCUCUCUCUCUCAGCUGCCUUCUUCUGAUUUGACUACUGUUGACGUUUUGGGUUUGUACCUGUGAGAAUCAUAAAAGCAGAGAACUUUAGAAACAUUUAACAAAAGUUUGUGAAACUUGAACACUUCGUUUCAAAAUUGUCUGACUCUCACCCUACCUUCCUUUCUCACCCUGGGAUCCUACCCAGCUAAGGCUAAAGUAGGUCAACAAAGGAACCGAUAGGCGUCCGCCAAAUAUUGAACACACAGCUAGAAACGCUCUGAUUGGUGUUUGGUUGUCAAUCCUACCAGCUGAGAAACCAAUACUGUCAUUGCUAUCAUUUUUCUUCCGCCCCGGAGAAAUUUUAAUAGCAAUCACAGUCCUGGUAUUUAGAAAUCCCAAUUUCCAAAGCCCUGUUUAGAAGAAUCCUUCUAAAUCAAACUUAACAUUUUUAAUUGUACUCAUUCUGUAACCAGAAAAGGUUAUUUUGUGUUGUCUUUCUCUCUCAUCUUACCAGUGGCUCUAAUCUUUCCUUACAAAAAAAAAGAAAACCCUUUCUUUUAUAGGAAAAGUGGAAGCAGCCAAAUAUUAUUCUGUUCCUUGCUCUGUUUGUUCUCUCCUUUUCUCCCUCUGUUCUCUAGCUGUGCUACCUGUGUGUGCUUAUUAAUUUUCCCCACAGAGACUACAAAUUAGAAGCACGCCCACCAGAGAUUCACAGUCAAUGAGAACUACACUCACCUGCCCAUUACACACUCAACAUCAACCCACAUUGCACAUUUACACCUCUGUUUUGCCUUGUUCUGGUUUUGUUUUGUUUUCUCCUCUUCAAGGUCUGUGUCAGUCUAGGUUCUAGAUCUCCCUCAAAACGUCCAAACAUGUCUCGCACAACAGACCCAGUUGGCCACUGGGAGGACCUGGAGACAUGGCUAAGUGUUGCAACAGACAGCCUCCUACCUAAGGCUGCUGAAACACUGAAGCAUCAGACACAGGACCAGCUGGAUGAAAACAUAGCAAGCCUCAUGAGACAAGACCCAAGUCAGAGCUACAGUCACAAAGAACUAGCCAAGAUCACCAGCUCCUUAAGCCACACACUCAUCGCCACCCUUAAGCUGAGCGACAGGCACGCCGCCCAUCUCCAGCAGGAGCUAACACACGCACAACGACGCGUCGAACAGCUAGAACUGGAGGCUCAGGAACGACGGGAAGGACCUGAUGAAGUGGAACAAGGCGCAGAGGAGGAGAUCACCAGGCUAAGAGAGACACUAGUAGCUACUACACAAGAAAUGGAACAAGUCAAGACAGACUACGGUGAUCUCUCCAACAAGCUACAGUAUGCGGAACAGCUCCUUGAAAAGGCCAAGGCAGACUUCAGAGACAAGAAUGGCAGAAUUAAAGCCCUUGAAACUCACCUGGAUGAGUCAAGAAACGAGAUCAGCCGCCUAACACGACAGCUGGACUACAUCAAAGAGGAGUCAGACAGCUUCAGAGAGGAACUCAGACAUGCCUACGAACUGACACAUGAUCAAAAGGGGGAGGGGGCAGUGCUGAAACACCCACCUGCUCCAACUGCUCCAGCCAGCCACAGAUCAUCGCGUGGCUUGGACCUCAAGGACCUCGACAAGCUCACUAGGAACACUGGCAAAUUUACCCCAAAUGUGCCAUGCAGUCAAGAGAUCAAAGGAUAUCUGCGAGAUGUCGACUUUCAUCUGGAAAUGAGACCCAGUGCCACCGACAAAGAUAGACUUUAUUUGAUCCGAGCAACAUCCAGCUCAGAGGUUCGCAGUUUCCUGGACCGACAGCCGGCCCGCACAAAGAGUGAUUACAACCUGCUCAGAGAAGCCCUCAUCAAAGAGUUUGCUGACCCUGAGUCGGAACAAGAACUAGUGGCUGCCCUGGAGAUGAAACAAGGUGGUCAGGAAUCUUCCCAAUUGUUCUACAGCCGACUCAGACAAGCGUACUUUGGGACUCACAAUGAACAGAAUAUGGAGGAAGACGUAAAUUUUAAAACUCUCUUCCUGAGGAAUCUUCACCCUGGGGUAAGCCACCAUCUUGGCGUCCCUGCAUGUCCACGCACCAUGAGUGCUCAACAACUGCGAGACUUGGCGCACAAGGCCUACUGCAAACAGAAGAUGGCUUCAGAAAAGAGCAUCAAAACCAUGGCAGUUCUCGACUUCAACAGUCAGGGGCUGGCCCUAGAGGGCGCCCAACGUCAAGAUCAUGCCAAGCCAACACCCAAAGAGUGGAAUGCAUCCUCGUUCAACAGAGAAUGGGACUCCCACGCUGGUACCCAACCUAAACGAAGGAACAAUCGCUGGGAUGGACCACAUGGACGACAACGCUCACCUGAGAGACAUUGGGAAAGAUCGUGGAACCAGCCAAGCUCAUUUGGAAACUCAAGAGAAAAUAACUCAUGGGAAUUCAACGGAACCUCCAAGGUAAAACGACAAACACACCCUGGAGCAACCAGCCCAAGGAAUCGACGAAAAAACUCACAAAGAUUCCAAGCUGAUCGAGCUCAAACUGAAUCCACGCAAGAACAAAAGACUUCACCGUGCGUUGACUCACAAGAACUGAUAAAAUUGAUGAUGAAAGAGUUUUUCCAACGAAAGGAGGAGGACCGGAAGUGGGAAAAGAAAGAGAAACCAGAUUCAGCCUGACUAGCAGCCGGACGAGAAGACAACGACCACCUGACCCAACAAACCACAGAGAACAGCGCUCCUUCACCUCACUCUCAGAGAACCAUAACUACCCUAACUUCAGAUGGACUAGAAAUCCUACCUGAAAACCCAGAAACAGAGUUAGUCCCUAACUCAACACCUGAUGCCCCAGAUCACAGCAACGUCCAGCAAACCCCUGCUGACGAAACCUCUCAAGUCCCUGAAAGUGCUGUCUUGGUCGUCUGCCACUCCUCCGAAGAACACCAGAUCAGUCCUGACAUCCUACCUGUCUCCUCCCAAACUCCAGUCCCUCAACUCCUGGGUGACCUCAUUGAGAAAGGUAUAGCAAAAAAGUUUUACCUCUCCAUCAUCAUCGAACGCCACAUCAAAGUCGAAGUCCUUCUUGACACAGGAGCCGACAUCACUCUAAUGUCGACCAAACUCCUUGAAGAAGUCCAAGAAAGAACAAAGAGGUCUAAUAGCGCCCUCAAACUUCAAAGGUGUGAGCUGAACCUCCACGCAUAUUCCCACACAGGCCUACAACUAAAACAUGUGGCCCCAAUUCACCUUACUGUGGGACCAAUGAAUCUCAUCCACCCAGUGUACGUUCACCACUCAACACCUAUCCACUCCUUAUUGGGAAAGACCCGCUCAAUCGCUUUGAACCUUUAAUAGACUUCAAGCACCUGAAGAUAUGGACUCAAGUCCGCAAACCUCAAUCUCAAGAGUCAAUCGCAAGAACCUUCGAUCUGGUCAAACAAUUCCAGAUGGAUGCGCAAUGAUCAUUGAACAAGAAGCUACAAUACCUGCCUACAGCAAGAGUGUCAGCGUCCGCCUCAACA